CAGAUACGUUGGGACGCUCUAGGUAGUUUGGAAGGAAAAACAAAUUAUUCGUUUGGGUUUACAAAUUGAAUAAGUGCUUUGACUGGCGAAAGAAUUGUUCUGUUUUUUUUUUGUGAAAAAUAAUUGACUCUGAAUAGUGCCUUCAUAGCCAAUUGCUUACAGUUACAUUCAUUUGCGCCCCCUGGUUGUGCUCUUGGCGAUUGAAAACUCCCCAAAAACUGCCACUCGCUUUUGUGAUCAGCAUCAGAAACGGAAGGACUCCCCAGCAUCAUGUCGACCCCAACCUUGGCCACGGUAUCGCCCAAAUUCAGCGAGGCAAUGCUGAAUGACAUCAUCCGGGACUAUGGCGGCCACAAGUGUACCUCGUGGCGUUUUGGCGACGACUCGUUCGGCAAGGGUGAUUCCUAUCUGAGCGAGGUCUAUCGGAUGGAAAUCGAGGACGAGACGGCCGUGGCCGAGGGCGCCGCCGAUGGUCAGCCACUCAAAGUUAAAAUGGUGGUCAAAACCAUCCCGAAGAACGUUGGCCGCAGAAAGACCUUCCGCUCGGAUGACUUUUUCCGCAACGAGUUCAACUUCUACAACGUGGUGAUCAGCGAGUUCAUCAAGUUCCAGAACUCCAAACAGCCGAAAAAGCCGUUCGAUGAAUGGAGCAAGUACUUGGCUGGUUUUUCCAAUGGUGUCAACGAUUUCAUCGCUAUGGAAGAUCUUAGUCCAUUUGGCUAUGGUGCGGCUUCUAGGCGCGAUGGCGUUGGCUUGGCCGAGUGUAUCCUCUGUAUGCAAACGUUGGGCCGUUUCCAUGCGCUAUCAUUAGCUUUGAAGGACCAACAACCGGAUAAGUUCCAUUUGUUGGUGAAGAACGUCGAGGAAACGUACUACGCGCAAAGACUGAAGCCUUGGUACAACAAUUUCAUCAAGGUGCAGAUCGGAAUCGCCAGAGAUGCCAUUGGCCAGGAAUAUGGGGGUACCGAGUUGGAAAAGAAGGUCGAGAAAUUCUUCGACUGUGACCUGUACGAUAAAAUGGUAUAUUUGACGCACACCAGAAAUCAAAACUCGGUCAUCAACCAUGGAGACUGUUGGAUGCCGAACUUCUUAUUCCGCUACGAUGCUAACGGCGUUCCGGUUGCGGUUAAAAUGAUCGAUUUUCAAUUGGCGAGAUAUUCAUCGCCAGCUUUGGACAUAUCAUUUUUCAUUUAUUCGUGCACGACCCAAGAGCUGCGCGAUGCACAUUACAAGGAACUAUUGCAGGCUUAUCACCAAAGCCUGACCGAAAUGCUGCGAGAUUUGGGCUCAAAUCCCGACGAGUUGUUCCCCUUUUCCGAGUUGGAGAAGGAACUGCAUGAAUUUGCUCGCUUCGGUUGCGGCAUGGGCAUAGAAUCUGUUCCGUUCUCACUUUUGGAGGAACAUGAGUGUCCCGAUCUGGACCUCAUCCAGGGAGAGGAAGCGGUUCCAAUAGAGAAGGUUUGGAUUUUGAAAAAUAUCAAAACUAAGGAAGGACGUCAGCGGUUAGCCGACGUAUUUAAACACGCCAUCGAUUGCGGUUAUCUAGAUUAGAUGUGUUAUCGAAGAAGAACUAAUACGCAAAUAAGAACAUGAAUGCUGGCACGCCUAACAAUGUAACACUCGCACUCAAUCAAUAUAAAAACGGACAUCUGAGAUGGUGACAACAAAGUUCUGGUAAAACAGUGAAAAUUGUAAGUCUAGUUUUUUUUAAUUAAAACAAAGCGUUUUUAAAGCUACAAUUAACAGUGCAUGCAAACUUGUUUGAAAAUUUGUUCUCUGCAAAACAUUCAUACAGGUACUAUAUGUAUACA